UAAGAGAUCGUCGAACGGAUCGAUGACAGAGGUCCUGGAGAGUCAAAGUCAGCCACGUGGCAGUCGGGUGUGACUAAUUGGCGGAGAAGGCCGAUCUUGUAAUCUUGUAUCGCCCAAUUGCCGGAACCGGUCUCGUUCCAUGACGGGAAGCACGGGUAUAGGACAUGCGACGGGAAGCACGGGUAUGGCGCAGGGGAAAAAGUACAAGAAUCUGGGGCACAUGAUCUUGACACUCGAUCCCCCGCGAACUAUCUUCUUGACACUCGAUCCCCCGCAAACUAUCCUAAUAUGCUGCUCUCAGUCGCCAUUGCUCACACACUCUUAGCCGGCCUCACUGUGGCAGCGCCGUUCUCGCUGCCCAAUGGCUUUCCCACUCCGAACAAUGAUGCAUUGCAUCAGAUCUUUGUGGCUGCUGGAGGCUCACUCCCGAACACACCCUUGCCCACCACACUGCCCUCCGAUGCUGUGACUACGCUUCAGGUCAUCGCAUACAAUGAGAUCUUCGAGGUAGCCUUCUUUUCCUCUUUCCUGAACAACGUGACAAACGGAGUCGAAGGGUUUACCGAUCUCCCCAUGGACAAGUCCUACAUUGUUGACAUUCUCACUGCCGUGGUAAACCAAGAGUCCCUGCAUGCCAUUGGCGCCAAUGGCAUUCUAGCCUCAGCCAACGCCACGACGAUCCCCGCUUGCAACUACAUGUUUCCUUCGACCGACUUCGAGUCUGCUGUGGCGAUUGCUGAUCUCUUCACCGCAGUCGUUCUAGGAACCCUCCAGAGCGUUGUGAAGGGAUUUGCGACGGACAUGGACAAUUCGACCAUUGCACUCACUGGGCUGAUCGCCUCUAUUAUCGGCCAAGAAGGGGAACAGGCCGGAGGCUACCGAAUGAUCCAAGGCAAGAUUCCCUCAGCAGCGCCUUUCCUCACUGUCUCGACCGGCGAGUUUGCUUUCAACGCCAUCGCCCAGACUUUCAUCGUUCCAGGCUCGUGCGACUCGGUAUUCAAGACAAUCGGGGUGCCCAUGUUGGACACCUUGGCAGUCGUCCAAGACUCUAUACAACCCACUAACCAGACCGUCACCUUCACCACCUCUUGCACCCAUGUCACCGAAGGCAAAGACUUCGUUGCGUACCUUUCUGGGCAAAAUGCUCCCGUCUUGGUGCCCGUCACGAAUGUCCAAGUCACCGGUGAUAUUGCGACCUUUUCGGCCGAUCUCCCCUUUGACAAUGGCUUUGCUCAUGGACUGACCAUUGCCGCUGUAGUCGGUACCGAUACUGGACUCGAAACCGCUGCCGAUGUCACUGCAGCCGCUUUUGCUGGCCCGGGCCUCAUCCAAGUUAACUAGCGAAGCAGGAGUGAUGCUUGUGAUUUUGUUUGAAAUUGAGGUUCCUGCAGAGUUUGGAAGUCGUUUCUUUAUAAUUAUAAGUGAAUGCUGUGUAUGCAAUUCGUCUCAAUGUCUG